GCGCGCGAUGCCGUAACCAAGAUGGCCGACUAGACAAAAUGGCGGACGUUUUCGGCAAGAUGGCGUGGGGUGUGCUGCUGUUCGCGGUGAUCCUGGAGACUGCUAUCGGGCAGUCUGGACGGUUCUCCGAUCCGAAACUUGAGGAAGAUUUGGUCGACUUUGUUCCAGUGUCCACGAUGGAGGUGGAAGCCGUUGUGGGGCGGAGCGCCUCCCUGCCCUGCGACAUAGAGCCGGACACCAACGAAGACCGAGUGUACAUGGUGCUGUGGUUUAGGCAUUCUGGAGGGAAGCCUCUAUACAGUUUUGACGUCCGCGGGCGCAGUUUCAACAAGGCCCUCCACUGGUCCGACCCGCUGGCGUUCGGCCGGCGGGCCUACUUCGUGACCAUGUCUCGACCAGCGUCGCUGGUCGUCGACGCGGUGCAGCUGGACGACGAGGGCGUAUAUCGGUGUCGAGUCGACUUCAAGAACUCGCCGACGAGGAACUUUCAGAUACGACUCACUGUCGUUGUGCCUCCACACAAGCUGCUGCUGUACGACGAGCAAGGCCGCGACGUCGCCGGUGUGGUCGGGCCCUUAGAAGAGGGCGGAAACUUCACGCUUCUCUGCGAGCUUAGAGGGGGCCGCCCACAACCCACCCUAACCUGGCUGAUCAACAACAAGCCAGUGGAAGACCACACCCUCCUCAAGAACGACGGGAAAGUCAUGGUUUCCCGCAUCACAGUCAGUGGUGCAGAGCGAAGCUGGUUGAACCACACAGUGCGAUGCCAAGCUGCUAACACUCCUUUACUCAGUCCGCAUGAAAGAGCGGCCAGAGUUGAGAUGCACUUACGUCCAACCUCAGUGGCGAUCACGGACAAACCUGGGCAGAUGUCAGCAGACACCGAAGUGACUCUGGUCUGCGUCAGCCACGGCAGCAGGCCGCCGGCUCAGAUCACGUGGUUUAGGGAGAACAGGCGGUAUACUAGGGGGAAGCACAACGACUUCUCCAACGACACGACAUCGGUCAGUCGGCUGACGAUCGUCCCACAGCCGGAAGACGACGGCGCGGUGAUGCGGUGUCGCGCCGACAACGCCAUACUGCGUACAGCGCUGGAGGACUCCUUCAAAAUGAGCGUCGUUUAUAAGCCAGUGUUAGCCAUGUCGCUGGGUAGCACGUUGAACGCGAACGACAUCAAGGAGGGGGACGACGUGUACUUCGAAUGCAACAUCAGAGCGAACCCGAAGGAACACCGCAUUACGUGGUUCCAUAACGACCAGCAAAUAAACCAGAACAUGUCUUCCGGCGUCAUCUUCAGCACCAAGUCGCUGGUGCUGCAAGGCGUCACGAGGAGAGACGGUGGAUUAUACACUUGCAGCGCCGCCAACCAGAUAGGGGAGGCGACCAGCCAGGCGGUGUACCUGAGGGUGCAAUAUACCCCAGUGUGCGCGCAGCUAUCACCCCUCCUGAUUGGUGCUCGAUUAGACGAGCCGCUGCGCGUGCGCUGCACAGUGAGCGCAGACCCAGCUGACGUGACGUUCUCCUGGCAGUUUAAUAAUAGCGGGGAGAGUUUUCAAGUGUCACCAGCUAGAUAUGUAUCCACUGGCGGCACCGCGAGCGAGCUGCGUUAUCGCGCGGCAAGCGAUCGCGACUACGGCGCGCUGCUUUGUCGCGCGACGAACGCUGUCGGCCGACAGAAGAGGCCGUGUGUCUUCCAAAUAGUGCCAGCAGCACGCCCGUCUCCGCCUCGCAAUUGCACGGCGAACAGAGUCCUCAAGAGCGGGGAAGCGUUCCUGUCAGUGCGGUGCCUGGCCGGCUACGACGGUGGGCUGAGUCAAAGAUUCACGUUGGACGCCCUUGGGGACAACAUCAGGACGCUGGCUAACACCACAGCGUCCAACUUUGACUUGGUGGUGUGGCUGAACAUCAGCUGGUCAGCUUUAGAUGCCCUCACAGAAGACGAGAUCCUCGGCGUGGUGGCCAGGAACAGCAAGGGUGCUUCAGAACCGGCGCUGCUGAGGGAGCUGGUCUUCCGAGAUGCAGCCAAGAGGACUGAAACCACGCCUCGCAUCACGACGAGGUUUCCUGCCGCAGCGGCGCUGGCCGCUCUAGCUGCGCUCGUUACAGCCAUUGGUGCUAUCGUGGUGCUCGCUGUACGCAGACGAAACGAGAACACAUCAAGCAGCAAGCGCCCCUCCCAAUCCGUGGUGCAAGUGGACGCACAAGGCAGGCGGUACCUCAUCGCGUACCCGCCAGCCGACAAGUUGGAAACUAAACCUGACAUCUUGAACCCUAAGCCUGAAAGCGAGCCGCCUCGUGUAGUCCUGGAAUCAAGCGACAACAAGAGCUACACUAUCAGAGAGCAGGAAGUAGCAUACGCGACGACCACCGCACACGAUCAAAUGAUGCCGGAGAGAUAACAAAAGGAAUAGCGGCACUUGUAAAUAUAAAUGAAAAAUGUUUAUUGUAAAUUCCAAAUUGCCAAUUGUAAUUUAGGGGCUUUGGCAUGGUAUCGUUUUUAUGUGUCGCAUCGAAGCGACAUGUAUCGGUAUGGUAUCGUCAUUUUUUAGAGCUCCGUACAAAACUUUGUUCACGGAGUCGGAUCACUUCGGUCUUGCAAAUCAGUUAGGUAAAUGCGUUAUUCACAAAGACGGUUUGAUGUAUUAGGUAUCUAAAAUUGUGAACAGUUAAAGCACUAUCACUAACACUGUGAAAAAGUCAAAAUCGCUUAUUUUAAAUAUAAUUUUAAUUGAAUUUAAACUGUCGUGAGUCAUACUAACAUAAAGGUAAUUUACGGUUUAACUUGCGUAUUUUUAUUUUCAAGCACUAACAGUGUAUGUGUAGCGGGUCACGAUAUCUAUACGAGAUCUAGCUUCUGAUCAAAAUGAAUUUUCGUUUGGUAUCAAAAUAUUCACGUAUAAAAAAUGGCCAUUGUGGGAUUGGUGCGAGACCAGCAUGCCAUAUUUUUAUAAUAUUUCUUAUUCUAGACUUUUCUUUCUCUUAUUUACAAUUUCGCCGUCCCUCUAGACUCGUUAGCGUCACGCACAAAUAUUAUUCUUUAAAAAAAUCAAAGGUUGCUUUUGAAUAAUAUUUCUUUGAGUUAUCAAAGUGAGCUUUGUUGUAUAAUCUUGAGAUUAUUCGCUAAAAAUAGAGACAAACAUUUAAAAAGAAAUAUUAUAAAUGAUAUCAUGCCAUAGCAUUAGUAUUUAGGUAUUUAAAGAAUUCUUCCAUAUCAUGUAAUACGUAUAUUCUAAUUAUUUCAACAGAGUGGUCAUAUCAACAAGAAGAAUAUUGUAUAGAGUACAUGUCAUGUUACGAGUAAAAUUGUUUUCAAUAAGAAAAAAAUAUAUAAAUGACAUAGUGGGGAAGUAAGUGCAGUGAGUAUGCACUUUGUAUGUAUGAGAAAGAUCCUGCCUUAGGUCAUAAUAUAAGCUGAUCUAAUGCCGUAGCCACGAGAUUAACUCGUGGUUACCACCCAGCAGAAAGGGAGGAGGGAAAAGUUUGUUCCGGAGGUCCAGUUACCGCUCUAUUUCCUCACACCUGUAACUAUCAGGUUAGGUUUGGUAUCAUUUUCGUAUAAAUUAGGGUUCUGAAAUUUAUUAAUGUAAUAAUUAUCAUGCCUCUUUCCUAACGAGACCACUCUUUUGAAAUAUAUGUAAAUAUUGGUUUCGUCCGCAUUCACCCUUUUAUAUGGUGUUUCCAAAAUUACCGUGGUGGGGCGUCCAUACAAAAUCAAUUACUAAACGCUUGUCUAAUCUGAAGACGGAGAAAGCAAUCAAUUGUUUUUAAUAAAACAUAUUUAGUAACCACCACUAGAAAACCAGCUUUUUGCAAAAGACCGCAUCCAAAUCGGUUUACCCGUUUAAGAGCCACCAGAGAGCGUUUAAUGCCACAGACAUAGACACACAUGUAGCGGUCAAACUUAUAACACCCCAUGUUUUGCGACUGGGAUUUAAAAAAGCAGAGUAAAUUUACUCUCGGCCCAAUUCAAAAAAUACUUAUAAGAUGUCACAGAGUCAAAAGUGACAUUUCUUCAACCAAACACGUCACUUUUGACACUUACAGGUCGGUAUCGUAUGACAUUUUAUAAGCAUUGUCCGAAUUGGGCGGUAAACUCUGGCUCUAACAAAUGUUAUUGGGCCCCGUCACUGUAAAAUACUUACCCCUCUAACAAUAUCUAAGGAAAUGUACUUAUUCGGUAAGAAAUAGGUUUUUUACUAAUAUAAAAGUAAGAUAUGCGUUAUACUAAAUAUAAGUCAGACGAAUUCGGAUGGACCCCAUAUAAUAUUGAUAUUUAAACUAGUUAAAAAGAAUAUUAAAUAUUGACAUAGUAUUUAAUGUAAAUUAUUGUAAUUAUAGAAAUAAAUGUUGACUC